AUGAAUGAAGGUCAACCUCAGCAGAUUUUGAAAAAUUGUCCUCCACACUAUCAAUCUUGGCUUUCUGGGGGAAACUAUGCGUACCCAUAUCCUGCACAAUGUCACAGCUGCUGUGACCAUAACUACUUUCCAGCCUACUGUGCUCUGAGGCCUCCUUAUGCCCAUGCUCCACCUCUUUACUGCCAUGGCAAUUAUACUAUAUAUCCAGCGUCCUAUCCUGGUCACUACAUUCCUCCUCCUAAUAAUACAAUGGAACCACCACGUUAUAAGUACCAUAGUGAGAUGCCUGGAGAGAGUCGUUGCUGCGGUUGUCCAAAUCAUACACACAAUUCAACACCAGGAAAGAAUGUCAAGAUUGAGGAAGAAGAUCCUGAUAUAGAAAAGAUGGCAAAUAAUGCCGUGGUUCCUUUUGACUUGAAGAGUUAUCCAUAUCCAGUUAUGUGGAUUCCACCAAGUUAUAUGAUGAAUGAAGCAAUUAAUAAGGCAAAUGAAGCACAACCUGAAGUGAAGGAAAAGUAUUCUGGUGUUGCUAGAGCUGAUGAGUCAUCAAAACCUUCAGACCAGCAGCAAAAGUGGCUAAAUGGAUGGUUCCCUUUUGACAUGGAAAACUCUAAAUUGGCAAAGCAAGGCAAUGACUCAACCUGGAAGCAACAACAUCAAGAUGAAAGUAAGCGUCAAUUGUCUUUUCCUUUGUUCUGGAUGCCUUGGAGUCCAGAAGAAAUGAAAAGGAAGGACAGUGGCAAAACCAAUUUUGGUGAAGAAUCUGCAGAGGGAGUAUCUCCCCGGUUGGAGGUCAGUCCAGUGAUGAUUCCUGAUGCUGAUGAGAAGGCAAGUAAACCGGAUGUCACUAAGGAGAUUCAUAAUCGUGAAUGCUCAAAAGCUCCAGGGAAAAACAGUGGUCAAAAGACGGUUCCGGUCAAGUCAGCAGAACCUACUGAGGAAAAGAAAAACCUGGAAAACAAUAAGGAGAAAGUAAAAAGUUCAUUGGCAAAAAAUCUGAAUGUUGCUGAUGAAAGAAUAUCGUCUCAAACUUCUCCUACAAGCGAGUCAUCUUCUCCGAUGAAGUCAUCAAAAUUACCUCCUAUUUGCCUGAGAGUCGAUCCUUUGCGUAAGAAGAAUAAAAAUAAUGGAGGUUCAGGGUCCCCUAGUCCUCCUGGUGACGAAGGGAAAUUGCGCAAGUUGUCUAAGGACAGCACUCAGCUACCUAGCUCAUCCACUACGAAGGAAAGUACUGAAAAAGACAUGACAGUCGGAAAGAGUAUACCAGAAACAGCCAAGAAUCUGGAGCAAAGUAAGCAGAAAGUGAAAAUGAUUGAAGUAACUGACAGACAAAACAGACAAGAACCGGCUGAAUAUUUGAGCAUCUCUGAUCCUCAUGGGAGAAGUUUGUCAGCUAAUUCCCAUGAUGCAGAACUGGUACACCAAACCAAUGAUAAUUCUGAAGAACUAUUCCCUGAUGUGGCUGCCAGUGAGGUGGAUUUGAAGAGUUCAGCUGAGAGCAAAAAUGAUCUAGGAGCAGUACAGGUUAAAUCAUUUGAUUCCAUAUGUCAGUCGGAUGAGGAUAAAGAAAACUCCAAGGUGCAUGAGAGUUCUGCUGACGAACCAAAGGGGUUUGCAAAAAUUAGGUUGUCAGAAGUUGAAGCAGCUCUUAUUAUACAGUCAGCUUAUCGUGGGUAUGAAGUGCGUAGACGGGAACCAUUAAAAAAGUUGAAACAAAUUGCCAAUAUCAAGGAGGAGGUUUUUACUUUGAACAAUCGCAUAAAGGCCUUGGAGUCGUGUUCUUAUACUGGGGAAAAUGACAAGUUGAGAACCAUGCUUGGAGAGACUAUAAUGAACCUUCUGCUAAAGCUAGAUGCAAUUCAGGGCUUGCACCCAAGCAUUAGAGAUGUUAGGAAAUCAGUGGUGCGAGAACUUGUGAGCCUACAGGAGAAGCUUGAUCAUGUAAGCCUCGAGAGAUCUGAAAGUGCACAUAAGCUAAGUUCAAGUGCUCACCCUCAUGAAGAUAUGCAAUUAAUUGAUAAUCGAUGCUUCCAAGAAGGAGAAGAAGCAGAAAAAGCUUUCCUCGAAAGUAGUCUAUCCAAAGCUGAAGAUGUGCAUGAGAUUUAUCCAGAAGAGCUCUGUAAAGGUGUGGCCCCUCCAGUGAUGGACAUUGCAUCCGACACUAGAAAUUUGGAGAUCCCAGAGACGGUAAUGAAUAAGGAGGAUUUGAACAAUGGUGCGCAGGUACCCAGUACAGAUUUAUUAAAGAUUGAUACAACACAAAAAAGUGAAACAGGAUGCCUACCAGACAAUAGGGCUAGAGAUGAUUCGCUGAAUCUGGUAUGCAAUGACGGUGAAAGAUGGUCCUCUGAGUUUCAACCUCAACCUUUUUCCGAAGAGGUGAACCAUCCUUGGGUUGGAGGAGGAGGAGCCUUCAUGACAGAUGAGGUUCCCAAUAUCAAGCAACUAGCAGAGUUGCCGAAAGGAGUACUCGAGUCUGAUACUAAGUCACAAGACGAUAGUCUUCUGUUGUCCGAAGCAGUGGAUGACAAAGCUCUGCAAGAUGGAGAGGUAAUGGAGGAUAAUUUACAUGUAAAGGAGUUAACAGAGUUGCCACAAGCAGUGCCUGAUGAUGACGUUGACAAGUCCCGAAAGCACGUGAUUCUUGACAAGGAGGAUGACAAAUUCGUGAAAGAUGACGUGACCAGGGAUAUUAAUGCAGAGGUACCUGAUGAGGAGGUUCUAAAUAUGGAUCAAGCAGAGCAGUGGCAGGAGCCUAUGGUCAAGAAGACGGUCACUUCCAAAUCUAAUGUAACUUUGGCAUGUCAUGAAAAUCUGGACAACAACAUGGAGCUCUGUAAGAAGGUGGAUUUGAAAUCACAGGAAUUUCCAGUGCAAGCUCUAGAAGAGGACAAGAGCUGUGUUUCUGAACUGGGGGAUAUCUCUGAGAUGCAUGAUCAAGUUGUACUAGAGAUGGAUGCCAAUGUUUUAGGUAGUUACAUGAAUGACUUGCACACGUGCUCUGCAGAGAUGGAAAGGGAAGAGCUCACUACUUCAACUAAGCCUGUAGAAGUUUAUAAAGCUGAGGAAGAGGUUCUGCAGGAGCUUGCUGCCAUGGAAACUGAAGCUGAAACUGAAAAUGAGUCUUCAAAGGAAAAUGGGGUUGCUGAAAACUACUACUCUUCAAGUUGCGAAGAUGCAAUAGCUGUAGCUCAAGCGUGUGAUGCUCCUAAGGUACUUACCAAAUCAUGGAAUGAUGUAAGUACUGAACAGAAGCUGCUAGAUGAGAGAAUUGGUGUGGAGGCAUCUGGAUUAGGUAUGGUAGAUAACAAAUUCUUUGCGCAGGAUUGUGACUCUGCUGUUUUGGAACAAGAUCUUGUAGAUCAGAUGAUGUCUGUUCCACCGGAUGCAAAGGAAACAGAGGAAGGAGAGGUUCCUCCAUCAUCGCCAACUGCCAGCCAGAUUUCUCUUGGGAGUAAUGGAUCCACAGAACAUGAAAGAAAGCUGGUUGAAGAAAAUGACAAGCUGCGGGAGAUGAUGCAGAAACUAAUUGAAGCAGGACAACAGCAAUUGACUGCAAUUUCCAACCUUUCUGGAAGAGUCAAAGAUCUGGAGAAGAAAUUGUCUAGGAAAAAGAAAUUGAAGAUGAGACGACAUGGUACAACUCGAUAUACAUCUGGACCGUCUUGUUUGAAACCAUAUAAUGAUCCUUUGAAUGAGAAAGCUGUCCCGCUUGCAAUGUAGAUGUGGUUCAUGCCAAGUCAGUAGAGUGGCAAUUACUGUAUUUGAAUUCUGUGUAAAAGUUCAUAUGUCAAGUACAACAAAGCCUGUGUUUUGCUUUUUCUACUAA